AUGAAUAGGAAUCCAUUAGAAUCGUCUCCAAAAACAAAUUUUGGAACGCUGAUAAGUUCAGAGCACCCUGUUGGCUAUGGAUCUAGCUCUACGGAUCGUCAGGAUCUCGCUUCGCCUUUUGCUGCGACGCGACCGGAUAUUAUAACUUACGAACGCAGUAAAAGAGACAAAGCUACUCCAGAUUAUCUUGUCAAAAUAGUUGUGGUAGGGGAUGGUGCUGCUGGGAAAACGUGUCUUUUAAUCUCAUACACACAGGGUCGGUUUCCCGAAGACUACGUACCUACUAUUUUUGAAAACUACGUGACGAAGAUUGAAGGACCUCAUAACAAAGUCAUUGAAUUAGCGCUGUGGGAUACAGCAGGCCAGGAAGAAUACAGCCGUCUAAGGCCUUUAUCAUAUGGAGAUGUUAAUAUAGUGAUGAUAUGCUAUGCUUCCAAUAAUAAGGUCUCACUGCAGAACGCAGAAGAAUUGUGGUACCCCGAAGUGAGACAUUUUUGUCCCAAUGCACCUAGGAUGCUUGUCGGACUGAAGAGCGACCUUUAUCUUGGGGACAAUAACCAGACAUUAAUUGAUACAAAAGUAGCCGAUGAGGUUGCGAAAAGGAUAGGGGCGUUUGUACAUGUUCAGUGCUCAUCCAAGACGAGACAGAAUUUAACUCAUGUAUUUGACACCGCGAUCCAUACUGCAAUGCACCAGGUCAUUGAACGUAAACAGAGUAUGGGUAAUAAACCACACGGUAAAAUGUUAUCACUUUUUGGGAAGUCUACGGACCAUACUAGCGAUUAUCCUGGGAAAGAUAAAAGACGUAAAUGUGUUAUACUCUAA